GCCCCGCCCAUGUUGGCAAGAUGGCGGCGCCCACCUGCAGGGCGCCGCGCGUCUGGGUUCAGUUUUCCAGGAAGCGUGUGGGGAGUCUUCUCACUACCGUCUCAAAGCCAUUUUGUUCCGCCGCUGCUGCCUCUAGGCCCCUGGAUGCCCAGCGAUUAGCGGAGAGGCUCCGAGCCCAGAAACAGGAACAAAAGACGAAGAGGGUGCCGGUGCCCACAAACCCUGUCCAGCGGAGAGUGCAAGAACUAGUGCAAUUUACAAAGCAGCUACAGCGAGUCCACCCUAACGUGCUCGCUAAGGCACUGAGCCGAGGAAUUGUCCACCAGGACAGCGACCUUGUGGUCAUCAAUAAGCCUUAUGGUCUCCCUGUGCAUGGUGGCCCUGGGGUCCAGCUCUGCAUCAGCGAUGUACUACCUAUCCUGGCAAAGAUGCUUCAUGGCCACAAGGCAGAGCCCCUGCAUCUGUGCCACCGGCUCGACAAGGAAACCACAGGUGUCAUGGUACUGGCUCGGGACAAAGAAGUGGCACAUCAAGUCCAAGAGUUGUUUAGAACUCGUCAGGUGGCAAAGAAGUACUGGGCCAUCACUGUGCACGUCCCAGUGCCCUCGGCAGGAGUCGUGGAUAUCCCCAUCACCGAGAAGGAGGUGCAAGGCCAGCAGCAGCACCACAAGAUGGCACUAACCCCGAGCUACCGCAUGGACAGUGGGAAAAUGGUGAGAGUACGGACCAGCCGGAACGCGCACGUGGCUGUAACUCAGUACCAGGUGCUAAGCAGCACUCUCUCCUCUGCCCUCUUGGAGCUCCAGCCUGUUACUGGAGUAAAACACCAGCUUCGAGUUCACCUGUCUUUUGGAUUGGAUUGCCCAAUUCUUGGCGAUCACAAGUACUCAGACUGGAAUAGACUGGCCCCCCAGAAGCUGUCUGUUGGCACCCUAAAGAAACUGGGGCUGCCACAGUCGAAGGCUCGCCACAUCCCCCUUCAUCUGCAUGCCCGCCAGCUGAUCCUGCCUGCCCUGGGGUCCAGGAGAGAGGAGCUCAGCUUGGUUUGCAAGCUUCCUCGCUACUUUGUACACUCCCUGAGCCGUCUGGGCUUAAAGAUGCCGAGUCAGGAUCAAAACGGGGACCAGGAAGCUGGGCGCCUGGGAGCACAGUGAAGCCUGUUGGGCAGUGUGGCUCCCGAAUUUCUCACUUUGUUGAGUGGACUCUGCUAACUUCUCCCUCAGGACAGACUCCAGAAGAGCUGGGUGUGAUAAGUUGGAGAGACCCAGCUGCUCCAGGGCUUAUACUGGAGACUACAGUCUAUUUCCUGAUACUUGGGCCACACUCUGGAAAAGCCUGUGGGCCGCUUCCCUGCUUCGGGGUCUCCUUGCCAGGGAGGAAGAGUGCCCAGGACCAGGCAGAUUGGGUCAAUAAUCGGAAAAAGAGAACUACAGCACAUAAUUUAUGAGCGAGAACUAUUUUCAUCCAACAAUAAAAGUUUUUGAUCUAUCUGGAA